GCGAGAACGUCCGGGGGCUCCCCGGCGGCGCGUGGCAUUGUGGGGUGGCGGCGGCGGCGGCGGCGGCGUCGGGCCGGGCUGUGGAGCGCUUGCUGGGUAGCGGCCAUGGCUUCCUGGGCCGGUCUGUCUCCCAGUAUCGUGGAGUAUUUCGAGGGCGAGGACUUCUACCGCUGCGGCUAUUGCAAGAACGAGUCGGGAAGCCGCUCCCAUGGCAUGUGGGCACAUUCCUUGACAGCACAGGAUUAUCAAGAUCUUAUAGACCGAGGAUGGCGAAGAAGCGGAAAAUAUGUAUAUAAACCUGUCAUGAAUCAAACGUGUUGUCCUCAGUAUACAAUAAGGUGCCGACCUUUACAGUUUCAGCCUUCAAAAUCUCACAAGAAGGUUUUGAAAAAAAUGUUGAAAUUUCUUGCUAAAGGGGAGAUUUCCAAAGGAAAUUGUGAGGAUGAGCCUAUGGAUUCCACAAUGGAUGAUGCUGUUGCUGGUGACUUUGCAUUAAUAAAUAAAUUGGACAUACAGUGUGAUCUGAAAACGCUCAGUGAUGACCUCAAAGAGAGCUUUGAUAGUGAAGAGAAGAAAGGAAGAAACUCUAAGAAAGAAGGAUCUAACGAAUUAAUUCAGUCACAAAAUGUAGAAGAGAAGUUGGGCUCUGGUGAACCAUCACAUUCAGUUAAAGUUCAUACAGUUCCUAAGCCAGGGAAAGGGGCAGAUUUGAGUAAACCUCCAUGUCGAAAAGCAAAGGAAAUCCGGAAGGAAAGGAAAAGGUUAAAACUCAUGCAGCAAAACCCAGCUGGAGAACUCCAGACUCAAAGUCAGACGCCAUCUUUGUUUCCAUCAAAGCCUAAAUCCAACCAGCCCAAAUCACUUGAAGAUUUAAUUUUUGGAUCUUUACCAGAAGAUGCAUCACAUAAGUUAGAGGUGAGGCUGGUGAGAUCAUCUCCACCAAGUUCUCAGUUCAAAGCCACAUUUCAAGAGUCUUACCAGGUCUAUAAACGUUACCAGCUGGUUAUUCACAAGGACCCACCUGAUAAACCAACUGUGAGCCAGGUGAGGUUAGUACCUGUCUCCUUUGAGGACCCAGAGUUCAAGUCGUCCUUCAGCCAGUCCUUUUCUUUAUAUGUCAAGUAUCAAAUGGCCAUACACCAGGAUCCACCUGAUGAAUGUGGGAAGACUGAGUUCACAAGAUUCCUUUGCAGUUCACCUUUGGAGGCAGAGAAUCCCCCUAAUGGACCAGAUUGUGGUUAUGGCUCCUUUCACCAGCAGUACUGGCUUGAUGGAAAGAUCAUUGCUGUGGGGGUGGUUGACAUCCUUCCGUACUGUGUGUCAUCUGUGUAUCUGUACUAUGAUCCUGAUUAUUCAUUUUUGUCUUUGGGUGUCUACUCUGCACUACGAGAAAUUGCUUUUACUAGGCAACUUCAUGAGAAAACUUCUCAACUCAGCUAUUAUUACAUGGGUUUCUACAUUCAUUCAUGUCCUAAGAUGAAAUAUAAGGGUCAAUACAGACCUUCUGAUUUGUUGUGUCCUGAAACGUAUGUCUGGGUACCCAUUGAACAGUGCCUGCCUUCACUUGAAAACUCCAAGUACUGCCGUUUUAACCAGGACCCAGAAGCAGUGGAUGAAGGUCGCUGUAAUGAACCUGACCGGUUGCAAGUGUUUCACAAGAAAGCCAUCAUGCCUUACGGUGUUUAUAAGAAGCACCAGAAAGAUCCAAGUGAGGAGGCAGCCGUGAUGCAUUACGCCAGCCUGGUGGGGCAGAGGUGUUCAGAGAGGAUGCUGCUGUUCAGAAGCUGAGCCAAGCUCCCUGUGUGCUCAUGGUUUUGUGCCACGGUACCUCCUCAGCUCCUCUGGGAAAUAUUGUAACCAGCUACAAAUUAGACUUUUUUUAUUUUGACUAUCCUAUGGCUUUAAGACAAUAUUUUGUGGCAGCAUAUUUGUGAGACUCUCAUGGCUAUCAUAAAAACCUAAAACUAUGUUAUGACCUGCGUUUAUUGUUUUAGGGGGUUGUUUCUGGAGCAAGAUAUGCUAAACUUCUCGUUAAUAUUUUAGAGCGUAAAAUUAAGUGAAUCUAAGUAAUUUAAUCACAGUUGUGCUUAUUUGUUCUGUUCAACAAGCUGAAACAGGCUCUUUCCUCAGACCCAUUUGAAACAGAGGUUAUGCUACAACAGAAAACCUUCAGUAUGGGGAUGGUGUAAAGUCUGUUUCCUCACUUAGCAAAUACAUCUCCUUGCAAGAACAAAGCAGUGCUGUUACUCAAUGUUCAAUGUUAAGUUGCUGCCAAAUGUUCUGUUAUGUAGCUUAAUAGAGAUCUUAAAGAAAAAACUAUAAACAUUUACAAAAGAUCUUGUGUUAGCAUUGUCAGGACAGGUCUGUUCAUGUCUGUUACUUUGGCAUAAUUUCUUCCCUACAAUACUUGUUAUUAGUGCUCUCUUUUACUCUCAAGUAUCCCUGAUUUGGACAAUAAAAAAUGUAAUUACUCUAUUAUUUGCUUUUUUCUGAAAAUCUAGGA